AUGGGAUCGGAGAGGAAAUUAGAGAGGAAACUACGUCGCAAGGAAGAAAAGAAGGGGCUUGUCGAUGGAGAUGAAGCCUCCAGCAAGGGAAAAGCCCAACGGGUAAUGCCGAUCGGAGAACUGCCCUCUCGUCAAAAACCCAAGACGGCACGCAAGAAAAAGAAGAAAGUGGAGGAGGAACUGGAAGCCGAACCCGUUGAGUUUCGGAUUAACGGCAUUUUAGUGGACCGCGACGUGAAAGGAGGGGCUAAGAAAGAGUGGAUGGGUGUCUACAUGGUUCUCUUCAGGACGAGCACGCCGAUGGGCCAACGAGUGGCCUUCAUCCUCAUUGGUCUAGUGACCAUCAGCGUCUCGGUUGCUGUCCUGGAUAGCGUGAAAGAAAUUCGAGACCGAGCUGGUAAUUACCUGUUGGCAACGGAGUUUGGCUUCACGGUUCUCUUUACGAUCGAGUAUGGACUUCGCAUCGCGUGUCUGCGCAAACCGGGCAAGUUCAUCUUCAGUCUCUUGGGAUUCGUGGACAUGUGCGCUCUUGUUCCCUCGUACGUCGGCUACGUUUUCCCGGAGGCGCGUCCACUGCUCCACUUGGCAGUUCUGCGUAUCUUCCGUGUGAUGCGAGUCUUCCGGCUGCUGCGGCUCGCUCGAUUCGUGGAUGCAAGCGCUGCUCUGACCGAAAAUAUCGAUACCAAUCGACGAAAUAUUGCCGUCUUUCUGGUCGCAUUGUUCACGGUCAUCCUCGUCAUUGGAUGUGCCAUGUACCUUAUCGAAGGGGACCGUCAAUUUGGUAAUAUUCCCGUUAGUCUUUACUGGACGGUGGUGACUAUUACGACCGUGGGGUACGGAGAUAUCUCCCCCCAGACGAUCGUCGGGCGAAUUCUAGCCACUCUCGUCAUGUUUGUUGGCUACGGAAUCAUCGCCAGCCCCACGCUACUAAGUGCGCCGCCAUCGGCCCCCGCUACAUCGGAGAUUGUCGACUGUCCCAAAUGCACUAAACGCCAAUUUCUGCUGCAUGUGUGCGGAGCCACUGCGCAAGCCUGA